AUGGGUGCGAUUGCUCGGUCACUGCUGGCCUGUUCCCUUGUUGGGAGUACGCUUGCUUCGUACUCUCUAGUCGAUAACUUCGAGGGCUCGACAUUUUUCUCCAAUUUCGACUUUUUCACUGGCGGCGAUCCCACUCAUGGAUUUGUCAAAUAUGUGGGCGAGGACGAAGCGCGAUCUGCAGGUUUAAUUGCUAUCGAAUCGUCUUAUGAUGGCAGAGAGGUGGUUCGGAUGGGCGCUGACCACGAGAACGUUACUCCCGAUGGCCGACCAAGCGUGAGGAUAACGAGCAAGAAGAGCUAUAACCAGGGCCUCUGGAUCAUCGACUUUGCGCAUGUUCCUGGGGCUGCGUGUGGAAGCUGGCCGGCAUAUUGGUUGCUGGGACCGAAUUGGCCGACCAGUGGAGAAAUCGACAUCUACGAGGGUAUCAAUCUCGAUUUCUCCAACACGAUGACUCUUCAUACCGGCCAGAAUUGCACGAUAUCGAAGGAGUCCGAGUUCACUGGAAGACUGACUACACCAUACUGCGAUCAGAACGCUCCUCCGCCUGAAGGUGGUAAUGGCUGCACCAUCAAAGCAGAUGAUCCGGCAAGUUACAGCAGCGGCCUCAACAUCGCAGGAGGAGGUGUCUACGCAACCGAAUGGACCACCGAAGAUAUCAAGAUCUGGUUUUUUCCUUUGAUUCUCGGCAUUCCAAGCGAUAUCCAGGAGGGAAACCCGGAUCCGUCAAACUGGGGUACGCCUGUUGCUCGCUUCGCUGGUAACUGCAGCUUCACCGAGAGCUUUAAAGACAUGCAAAUCAUAUUCGACAUCACCUUUUGCGGCGACUGGGCUGGGAAGCCAGAGAUUUGGGAAGAUUCUCCGUGUUCUGCGAUAACGUCGGAGUGUAAAACGUUCGUUGAAAAUUUCCCCGGCGCAUUCGAAGAGACAUAUUGGUCUAUCAAUUCUUUAAAGGUAUAUCAGCGGGGGACGCAAAUGACAGGCCAGCAGCUGCAUAGUCAAAAACAUCGUAGACGAGGACAUCGUCACCAGCACUCGCCUCAGAGAGAAGGCCUCUAG